CCAGACCUCUAGUUCACCUACCAAUGAAUGCGGAGCAGCCUUCUUAGUUAGCCUGGCUGUACAUUCCUCGUCCACUUUGCAGUUCUCCAGAGUCAGCCACUGCAGCAUCAUGUGGGCCCUGGACUUCCUGCUCAGCUUCCUCCUUAUACAACUGGCGGCACAGGUGGACUCCAGUGGUACCUGGUGCUACGACUCCCAAGACCCAAAGUGUGACUUGCCUUCGAGACCCCUGCUGCAGACUCUAGUCCUUGUUUUCUCAGGCCCUGCCCACUGGAAGGAACUAGCACCUGCCUGUGGGGGCCCAACCCAGUCCCCUAUCAACAUUGACCUUCGAUUGGUCCAGCGGGACUACACUCUUAAGCCCUUCAUCUUUCAAGGCUAUGAUUCAGCCCCUCAAGAUCCUUGGAUCCUGGAGAACGAUGGCCACACAGUGCUACUGCGAGUAAAUUCCUGUCAGCAGAACUGCCCAGCCAUCCAAGGGGCUGGGCUCCCAUCACCAGAGUACCGGCUACUGCAGCUGCACUUCCACUGGGGCAGCCCAGGGCACCAAGGCUCCGAGCACAGCCUGGAUGAGAAGCAUGGUUCUAUGGAGAUGCACAUGGUCCACAUGAACACAAAGUACCAGAGCAUGGGGGAUGCACGGAGCCAACCAGAUGGGUUUGCUAUACUGGCUGUGCUGUUGGUGGAGGAGGACAGGGACAAUACCAAUUUCUCUGCCAUUGUGUCUGGCCUGAAAACUUUAUCUUCACCUGGGGUAGCUGUGAAUCUGACGUCCACCUUUGCACUGGCCUCUCUGCUGCCAAGUGCUUUGGGGCUCUUGCGAUACUACCGAUACUCUGGGUCUCUGACCACGCCGGGCUGUGAGCCAGCGGUGCUCUGGACUGUCUUUGAAAACACCGUACCCAUUGGGCGUGCGCAGGUAGUUCAGUUCCAGGCCGUGCUCCAGACCGGGCCACCAGGUUUGCACCCCAGACCACUCACGGAUAAUUUCCGCCCCCAGCAGCCUCUUGGAGAGCGCAGGAUAACAGCCUCUCCCGAAGCAUCCAUCCGAUCAUCAGUCUCUACCCUGCCCUGUUUGCACCUGGCUCUUGUGGGCUUGGGAGUUGGCCUGUGGCUCUGGCAGGGUCCCUAGGUUCAGCAAUGAUUCCACAAUAGUGCUUCCACAAUAAAUCGUGCGCAGUGACCUUGGCCUAACGCGUCUGGUAAGGGUUGUAUGCCUAGUAGUCAAGGGGAUGGCGGGUAGAGAAUCCUCCCUAACCUCAUUGCAGUCUCAAUGUUCCUGG